AGGAAGGCAACCUACCCGUUUGUAAGUUAGCGCGAUCUUUGAAUUAGCCUGGUUGGUACAUAGCCUAACAAACAUACCUCAGAUCGCUCGGAGAGAAUGGGGUCCAAUGCGGGGGGCUUCGAUUUUGACCUAUGUAAGCGCAAUGCUAUGUUAGAGAACAAGGGCAUGCAGUUGCCCAAGGCUUGGAAGACGGGAACAACAAUUGCGGGGCUCGUUUUCAAGGAUGGAGUUGUCCUUGGAGCUGAUACGCGAUCGACAGCGGGGACAACGGUCGCGGACAAGAACUGCAGCAAGAUCCACUUCAUUACGCCAAACAUCUAUGCUUGCGGAGCUGGAACAGCAGCCGAUCUAGAGCAUGUAACAGACAUGGUGUCGGGUCAGCUGUCCCUUCACCGCUACGGGACGGGGCGGCAAUCGCGCGUUAUCACCGCGAUGACGAUGUUCAAGCAGCACCUGUUCAAGUACCAGGGCCACGUGGGCGCUGCGCUGGUGCUGGGGGGCUUCGACCUCAACGGACCCCACCUCUUCACGAUCUACCCGCACGGCUCCACCGACUCGCUUCCCUUCGCCACCAUGGGUUCCGGCUCCGUGAACGCGAUGGCCAUGUUCGAGGCGUACUACCAGGAGGACAUGGACCGCCAGCAGGCCAUGGAGCUGGUGGCGCGCGCGAUCAGGUCGGGUGUGAUGAACGACCUGGGCUCCGGCUCUAACAUCGACCUGUGCGUCAUCACGCGCGAGGGCACCGAGUACCUGCGCAACUACGAGUACCUGCAGACGAAGACCUACAGCCGCAAGUUCCCAGUCAAGUACGCGCCGGGGACCGCAACCGUGCUCAAGCAGCGUGUGCUGUCGCUCAAGGACGUGCAGGUGAUAGAGGGGGCGCCCGAGGAGAUGGACGUGUCGUAAAGCGGGGGGUGGGGGUGUGUGGUAGGGUGGGCUGCUCCUAGGGGGGCAUGGCAUGGCGGCAGCCCGCGAGGGCGAGUGGAGGUGUUGGGCUCCUCACGUCCUUAGUCAGCCGUGACUUUGGUUGAAGGCUGGAAGCGGCCGGGGCCGGGGGAGCAAUCCAUGGAGGUUGAGCAGCGAAGCGUAGGUAAGGGCACUUGUCCUUAAUUUUGAGGACACGGGGAGGGGCUGUGUUGCGUUGAUGGGGGGUUGAUGUGGCCGUCGGGGUUUAUGGAUGGGGGUUUACGUCCACAUUGCAAGCGUAUGGCCUGUGGCGUGUACCGGUAUUAGGGGGGUCGUAGAGAGGGAGGAAGCAUUCCUAUUGUGCAAGGCAUGGAGCAAGGAGGCGCGUGUGUAACAGGGGUAAUGGGUAUGAAUCGCGCUUUACUCGGUGUGCGGAUUUGGGAGUAGAGCUGUUGCAAGGACGUAUGGUGUAGUCGAGCAACUGCAGUGCUGCAUGUCCCGACAUGUCGCUUGGCUCACAAGCUCUGUCUGCAGAGAUAGAUACUGGUAAUCCGGCUAUGUUCCUUCCCCCGAACGAACCUAACGGGAACAAGGUGAACGGCAACGUCGUGGCAAAGUGAGAGCUGGCAGUAGUGGAAACACAGCUGAAUGUGUUUCACAGGACGGCUAUUCCGUGCUAGGCACGACAGUGGGGGCGAACUGUGGCAUGUAACACAACGAAACGUUA